GGAUCAACGCGAGCGUCUAGAUAAUCAACCUCGUCGCGCAAAUGUGUUUGUGUUACUUUUAACUGACAAAGUAAACUACUGCAGUCGCAAUAUUUCCUUGUUAACUCGCGCACUCUGGAAUUCCUGCCAAUCGUCUAAGAAAACCAUAGGAAUUUUAGUAACUACUAGCAAUCAUGACGCCAGAUGAUUCUCUAUAUCAAUAUCUAUCGCAACCAGCGCAUGAAAAUACUCCCUCUAUCAUCGACCUCCUCAACCAGCCACCCACUCCUCCGCCACCAAAGAACAACUCCACAGCGAUAUCCAACAUUCCAUCCACACUCAACCAGCUAUCCAACCCUUCCUUUGUCAACGAAACAAUACCCGACAAUAGCUGCCCCUUUAUAUCGCGCCUUUCUACCGACGCCCGCUCACAAAUCUACUCUUACCUCCUCCUCAACCCCAUACUCUCUAAAGCAGAAUGCAUCAGUCCCGAAACCGACUUCGGCAUCAAACAAAAAUAUGAACUCGAGCCUGCAGUCCUCAGAAUAUGCAAAGAAGUCUACGGAGAAGCAUCUGCCGUUCUCUAUGACCUCAACACAUUUUAUCUUGUCGCCAUGAAAAGCACUCGCAUGCUCCGACUCACACUUGCAGAUUUCAUUAGCGGAAGUGCGCUUACGAGGUACUGGAGAGAAAAUGCUGAUAUCUUCAGGGUUGCGCCUGCAUCUACUCUGUAUCUGUGUAAAGUACGUCAAUGGAGAGUUGAAGUCGGUUGGUAUGGUUCUCCUACUCAAAGCGAUAUCUCUCUUCCUGUAGUCUCAAUAAGAACACACGAGGAAUACGAAUUCACAAGAAGUCUGCCAAUAGAUCCAAGAACUGGUUUGCCGCCUGUUUCUGGGCAAAGGAGAACUCGAAACCAAUACUUAUUGAGACUUGGAACGGAAGAGGCGAGAACCUCGACUCUAGAGAAUACACUCUCGUUCUUAAGACCAUUGCUCGAAUAUAGUUUGGUGCCUUUUUGCCAUUUAGUUACACUUUGUGAGGCACCACCGCAUGCUCUGGAGAUCAUAAUUAGAGCUAAGAAGGACGGCGAAACUCCCGUGCGAUCUGAAUAUUUGGGUAUGGUGCCUACAGAGUCUGAAAAGUUGCGACUUGUAAUACCAUUGGAGAUGUUACGGGGAGUAGGAAGUUUGCAGUUUACAUACGGCGAGAAGAGCAGUGGAAACAACAUACCAACUGAAGAAAAUCCAAACGAAGAUACUACACCACCCGACGAGGAUGCCAAUCCAGAUACCACUCAAAACAACAUACCACCCGAGAUCUCAACAUACCAACUCACCCACCACUCAGAAAUUAUCAACCUGGCCACCUCCAAAACGAAAAUUCUGGCUGUCGAAUCUCCCUCCAAUAUAUACAACCACCUUCUUUCCUACGCCCAAGCUUUCGAACGUUACGAACCUUUCAAGCAACACAUGGGAGCCAAUUGGCUCUAUCAAAAUUCAUACAUGGGUACCCCCAACCCCUACAAAACCAAGAGUCCAAAUCCAAUCCAAUACUCAAAUCCAUUCGGUCCUCAAAAUAACGACUACAAAUCUCAUCCCGUAAAUCGACAUCUUUCAAAUACCGCAGCUGCAGUAAGAAGACACGAUAUUGCAGCACUGAGAAAAAAUCGCAAAGCCGUGAUUGAUUUCCUAGAACCACAAUAUACACGCAUCAUGAAGCAAGUCAAGAACUGUCGAGAAUUUACCGAAAAACAAAAUCAAAAAUUCGGUAUGUGGAUGAAAGUUUCCAUACUCCAAAACCGGAUACUCAAUCACCCACGAGCUGUGGCCAACAGUGUACUUGGCCAAUCUUCAAAUUUGCGUCCCGACGAAAGAAUCAAAAGUAUCGAUUUCUCAGAGGCCCUCGUCGUGCUCGAAGAAUACGCCGACUCUUUUACCCGCGACAUUCCGCACGAAACACGUCGCCAAAUCGCACUAAUCCGCUACGAAUAUCACGGGCAUUACGAAAUCAUGGAACGCGAAGUCGCGAUCCACAAACUUCAGAAUAUGGUGAUCGAUAUGCCACGACCAUAUGAUGAAGCGGCUGUGGAAUUCAAGAGAUUGUACAUGCUCGCUGCGAACGAUAUGCAGAGACAAUUUUUGGAGAUUAGACGAGCGAGAAGACAGUUGGUGGAGGAUGAUAUCGUGAGAGGCAGGAGGGAAUUUCCGGUUGAUUUUUCGAUGGGGUUGGAGGAUGGUGAAAUUGAUUGGUGUGUAUCGACUGAUGAUACACUUGGGCUUCCGGAUAGCAUAUUUAGGGAUAAGAGGAAUGCGGCUAGUUGGUUUUGAUAUUUUAGUAUCUAUGUAGGAAAUUUUAUAAUGUGUACGUGAUUUUUGCGCCCA